AUGGCUUCGGAAAACCCCACGAAACAGCCAGCCAGCGACGCCGUGACCGGCUCCUCCUCGCUGGUCCCCGACGACGCAGCUGAUGUUGGGCCAAGUGUCGACUCGUCAUCGCUAUCGCAACCGCCCAAGGAAGACUGGCGCGCCUGGAUGCAGGUCCUCGGCGCAUUUUGUAUCAACCUGAAUACCUGGGGCAUGAUGAACUCGUACGGCGCGUUCCAGACAUACUACCAGCUCCAUCUCCUAAGCGGCCACUCCGCCUCCGACAUCGCCUGGAUCGGCUCCACGCAGGCCUUCCUGCUCUUCAUCGUGUCCAUGGCCGCCGGCGCGCUCUUUGACGCUGGCUUCGCGGGCGCGUUGCUCUGGGGCGGGGGGGCCCUGGUCGUCGCCGGCGUGAUGCUGCUCAGCGCCGCCUCGCUCUACUGGCACGUCUUCCUCACCCAGGCCGUCAUGGUCGGGCUGGGCUUCGGCCUGCUCUACCUAGUCGCCCCAGCCGUCGUAUCCCAGUACUUUAGCCGCAGAACCGCCCUAGCCAUGGGCGCGUCGUCGGCCGGUAGUGCAAUCGGCGGUGUCGUCUUUCCCAUCGCCUUCUCUAGCCUGGUUGAACGGCUCGACUUUGGCUGGGCCUGCCGCAUCCUUGGCUUCAUCCUCCUAGUCACCUCUGUCAUCCCCGCGCUCCUCAUGCGCUCUAAGGAACCCCCCAACCGCGACCGCAAGCUCUUCGACGCCACCGCACUGCGCGACGUCCCCUACUUGCUCCUCAACGCCGGCCUCACCUUCGGCUUCAUGGGCCUCUACAUCGUCUUCUACUACAUUGAGCUGCUCGCUCGCGAUCGCACCCACGUGUCCGACUCCCUGGCCCGCUAUCUGCUCGUCAUCAUCAACCUCAGCUCGCUCCCCGGCCGCAUCAUCCCGGGCUACUACGCCGACCAGGUCGGCUCCAUCAACGUCCAGACCGCCGUCGCCCUGCUCUCCGCAGUUCUGACCUUUUGUUUGUGCGCCAUCCGCUCCGCUGCCGGACUGGUUGUAUUCUGCGUCAUCUACGGCUUCUUCUCGGGCGCCUUCAUGGGCUUGCCCGCCGCGGGCAUCGUCCGCCUCUCCGACGACAAGAGCAAGAUCGGCAUCCGCAUAGGCAUGACCCUCGGAACGGUCGGGUUCGGCGUGCUGAUCAGCAAUCCGAUUGCGGGUGCGAUCGUCUACCCCGGCAAUGACUGGCUGGGACUGAUUUCGUGGUGCGGCGCGCUCCUCUUUGCGUCUAGCUUUUGCUUGGUGGCCAGCCGCGUUUCCAAGGCUGGCUGGGGGCUGACGACGGUGAUUUGA